AUGAGCGAUGAUGAGUACGGCUGGUCUUCGGAAGAUGAAGAGCAGUUCGCUGCUAGCACAAACAUUGCGCCUGAUGGAAAGCGUAAGAUCGCUAACGACAGCGCACACAUUGAGUCUUCAACCAAGCGGAGUCGGCACGAGGAAAGCAUCACCGACACGCCUUCGGCCAACAAAGUCCUUGCGAACAACAUCCUCAAGGGACGGUUCGGGCUCAAUGGCUUCCGUCUCGAACAAGAAAGAGCGAUUACCCGCCUUCUUGACGGAGGCAGCGCAGUCGUUGUGUUUCCUACUGGAGGCGGAAAGAGCCUUUGCUAUCAGGCGAGUCCUGUGCCUGCUGUGGCGUUCAGAUACCAAGACGAAGAGCUUGGCCGCAGGACUGCUGAACAAAGCGGCGUCACUUUAGUUAUUGCACCUCUUAUUGCUUUAAUGAAGGAUCAAGUCGACGCCCUCUUGCGCCGCGGUAUCAAAGCUGCCGUACUGAACUCAUCUAUCUCUCGCGACCAAUUCCUGGCUACGCAAGACGACCUCAAGAAAGGGCGUCUAGAUUUGAUCUACUGCGCGCCGGAACGUCUGAACAGCGAAGGCUUCAUUGCAUCGCUCAAAGACAUUCCCGGAGGUAUCCGUCUGCUAGCCGUGGAUGAAGCGCAUUGUAUCUCAGAAUGGGGUCACUCUUUUCGACCAGACUACCUCAAGAUUGCUCGCUUUGCAAAAGAAGCGCAGGUUGAGAGAGUCGUCUGUUUGACAGCUACGGCCACACCGAAGGUUGCUGAAGACAUCCGUGAUGCUUUCUCCAUAUCGAAAGAAGGCCUGUUUCGGACGACCAUGUAUCGUCCCAACCUGCGUCUUCUUGCUGAGGCGAACGGCAAAGACGCUGACUAUGUGUCUAAACUUGCUGCUCACGUCAAAAAGUACCCCGGUCCUACCAUCGUAUACGUGACGAUCCAGAAAGGCGCUGAGACGCUGGCCGCAGAACUGCAGAAGCGAGGCUUCAAGGCCAAAUUUUACCACGCCGGAAUGCCUGCACCAUUACGGACCAAAACACAAGACGAGUUUCUGGCUAGCACCGACAUGAUCGUCAUCGCGACGAUCGCAUUCGGUAUGGGUAUCGACAAACCAGACAUUCGUAGUAUUGUUCAUUUCGACAUACCCGACAGCAUUGAAUCGUACAGUCAACAAAUCGGCAGAGCUGGACGAGAUGGCAAGCCGAGUACGUGCAUGUUCUACCUCUCGACAAAAGACUUCUAUCUCCGCAACAUCUUCACCUACGGCGACCGGCCUUCGCACCGCUCACUGAAGCUCUUGAUGCAGGAUAUAUGUUCUCCUGCUCGCUCGAAGCUCAAAGCAGGUGAUACUUUCCAGCUUUCACUGUAUACACAGGGUCAGGAAACCGACAUCAAAGCCAUUGUUCUCAGUAUCCUGUACGCACAAAUGGAGUUGAACUUUGGGCUCUUCCGUUCUGCUGGAGCACUCUACGCGAAGUACUCCUACAUCACAAAGAACCCUAAUAUGGUGAAGAACGACGGGUCCUCGGCAGCAUCCGCUAUCGUCAGAGCAUCAGUCAAGAGUAGUAAAUGGACCCACGUAGCUUUGGAUGAUCUUGCGAAUUCGACCGGCAUCCCUCGAGCUGAUCUAGUGCGCAAGAUGGACGAAUGGAACGAGCGUGGUGCGAUCGAGCUGAAGAAGGAAGGCGUACAGAACAUAUACCGCCUAGAACGUCCUCUGCCUUCCACACCCGAAGAGAUUGAGAAGAUCGUUGCGCAGCUCGACGAAACCAUGGAAAAGACUGAGAAGCAGAAUCUCGCACGCACGAAAGCUCUAAUCAACCUCAUCACCGACAACCGCUGCCUGUCUAGGUCCCUCGCAGACUACUUCGGAGAGAGCACUGAUAUGUCAGAAGAAUGUGGGCAUUGCACGUGGUGCGAGACACAUACGCAAGUCGUACUGCCUGACGAGCCGCCGCAACCCCCUGAUCCAGCCAAGAUCCACCAAGUACUGAAAGCAGUCACCGUACGCGAUGACCCUAGGUUUCUUGCUAAAUUUGCUUUUGGCAUCAAGAGUCCACGCAUGAGUGCAUUGAAAGUCGACAAGAAUCCUGCGUUUGAGUCGAUGAAUGUGUGCGAUUUUCCCGAGUUGUUGAGGGUGUUUACGGAGGCUUGUGAGAAAGCAGAGAAGAAAGGAAAGGCCUGAGCAUCAGCGUAAUGAAAAUCCUGAAGGAAUGAUCUUGUUCUAUUUCAGAGAUACCCAUUUAGCGGAGUCGAAAUACACUUGUUCCUAGUCCACUCAUCUCGAAGUGGAAAAUCCCAUAUAUACAUAUAUUCAUGCUGAGGGGAAGAACGCGAUUCGUGAUAUUCACG